GGGGGGGCCCCCGGCCCCUUAGCCCGCCUCACCCGUCAGUGCCCCCGCUCCCCCCAGACGGCAGCCUUGCCCCCACCCCUCCGGGGUCCCCUCCCUGCCCUCCACCCCAAGGGGCUUCCCCGCUCCUCAGACUAGGCCUUGACUCCCCCGCUUUGAUUCCUCUCUACCCCCCCCCAGGUGUGUGAUCUCCCCUCCCCCCCCCAGCGCUGAGCAGCCCCCUCUUUGUUUCCUCCCCCCACCCCAGACUGGGGUUUGACACCCUCUCCCUGAGGUUCUGCCCCUUGUCCUAUUGGAGUUCUGGCCCCCGGGACCAUUCAGGGCAUGUGAGGAUUAGGGUUCUUGGCCUCUCUAAUUCCCAUGUCAAGCUUUGGGAUGAGCAGAAGCCAUAGCCUUGCUAUAACUCACCAAGCAGGCCUUUCAAAGCGUUAAGCUCCCCAAUUGGGAUGAAGCCAGCCCGGUCACCCCAGCUUGACCUUUUCUGGCUGCUGUGCAGAAACCUUCCUCCUGGAGAGCAUCACUGGACUAACGCCUCUUUCCUGCCACCAGCAUUGAAUGGCCAGAGUAGAGUGGCAUCUAUAUCCUUCAUGAACAAUAAGGAACAAGCCAGGGUUGGCUUCUCUGCCUUAUAAGCAGCAAGCUGGUGCAGAUGGGUAAUUCGUUACCCAUGUUAUCGUGAUGAUUGUUAUUGCUUCUGCUCCAAAAUGAUCCUGAAGUGCCCAAUCACCUGCUUCACUUUACCCAGUGCAUCGGAGAGGUAGCAGUGGUAAGAGUGGCAGAAAACCUGUUAUCGGAGAAGGCAGAUCUGUUGGGCUUGGAUGACUGCAAGUUCCACUGAAACACCCCCCCUCACUCAAAAAUCAUUAUGGAUCCUCAAAGAAUUUGAACUGUCUGCACCUUGUUUGUUUGGAAAUCUAAAAUGACUCUAACACACUUGACUCUCUCUGACUUUAGUAAUACUUGAAGCCAAAUCACUGGCUUUUUGGCCUUUAUUAACUAAGUGCUAUGCAAAAGAAAAGGAAAAAAAGAAACCUUGACACUGAUUGCAAUGGGAAUGACUAUUUCCUGCCUGGGUGACCCUAUAUGUGGUUUUCUUAUUGGUAAGAUGAACUAGUUCCCACUUACUCAGUGGAAGACUUAUUACAGACAAGAACUUGAAACUUUGGUAACAUUUGUUGUAGCUACUAAGUAAAUGGAACAUCUUAUAACUCACAGCUUUGCAUAAAGCCACCUGAAGAGUCUUGUUGCAGUUUUUAAAGUGUGGAAAGAAUCUGUGCACCUGACUGAACUCUCUGCUUAAAGUGAGCAGUUUGCUGAUGCAGUAAACGCAUCAAACACACACAUCUAAAAUAUUAUUUUACUUCCAAAUUCUUUGCCAACCUGGAAGAUCAGGGAUCUCCGUCUCCACACCCUUCUUGUCCUGGGAAAGAUUGCCUAUCGUUACUUUAUGGGGCAGCAGCCUGGAAAAGUUCUUGGGGACCAGAGGAGGCCAAGUCUGCCUGCCCUGCACUUUAUCAAAGGAGCAGUGAAGAAAGAAUCAUCUAGGCAUGGAGGCCCACAUUGCAAUGUCUUCGUGGAACACGACAAGGCCAAUGUGGACAGACCUUAAGUACAGCAAUGAGAGAGUCCCAUAUUUACCAUUAUGGGGAGAGACUGAAAAGAAGGAUUCUGCCAUGUUAUUCGCAAGGAAUUUUUCAGAAGCCCUUCAGAGGCCAGUAGUAUCCGAUUUUGAGCCUCAGGGUCUGAGUGAAGCAGCCCGUUGGAACUCCAAGGAAAACCUCCUGUCUGGUCCUAGUGAAAAUGACCCCAAUCUUUUUGUUGCACUAUAUGAUUUUGUGGCGAGUGGGGACAACACUCUCAGCAUAACUAAAGGUGAAAAGCUCCGUGUCUUGGGCUACAAUCAUAACGGGGAAUGGUGUGAGGCCCAAACAAAGAAUGGGCAGGGCUGGGUACCAAGUAACUACAUCACCCCAGUGAAUAGUUUGGAGAAACAUUCCUGGUACCAUGGACCAGUGUCGCGUAAUGCCGCCGAGUACCUGCUGAGCAGCGGAAUCAAUGGCAGCUUUCUGGUGCGGGAGAGCGAGAGCAGCCCAGGACAGAGGUCUAUAUCACUGAGAUACGAGGGAAGGGUGUACCACUACAGGAUAAACACUGCAUCUGAUGGAAAGCUGUAUGUCUCCUCAGAGAGCCGCUUCAACACUUUGGCAGAGUUGGUCCAUCACCAUUCGACUGUAGCAGAUGGGCUCAUCACCACUCUACACUACCCAGCACCCAAGCGCAACAAGCCCACUAUCUACGGAGUGUCUCCAAACUAUGACAAGUGGGAGAUUGAGAGAACCGACAUCACCAUGAAGCACAAACUUGGAGGGGGCCAGUAUGGAGAGGUGUAUGAAGGAGUGUGGAAGAAAUAUAACCUUACAGUGGCUGUGAAGACCUUAAAGGAGGACACCAUGGAGGUAGAAGAGUUCUUAAAAGAAGCCGCAGUCAUGAAAGAGAUCAAGCAUCCUAACUUGGUGCAGUUAUUAGGGGUAUGUACACGGGAACCUCCGUUCUACAUCAUCACAGAGUUCAUGACUUAUGGGAAUCUGUUGGAUUAUCUGCGCGAGUGUAACCGGCAGGAGGUGAAUGCUGUGGUGCUACUGUACAUGGCGACUCAGAUCUCCUCAGCCAUGGAGUACCUGGAGAAGAAAAACUUCAUUCACAGGGAUCUUGCUGCCAGAAACUGCCUUGUAGGGGAGAACCACUUGGUGAAGGUGGCAGAUUUUGGUCUGAGCAGGCUGAUGACAGGUGAUACAUACACUGCCCAUGCUGGAGCCAAGUUCCCAAUCAAGUGGACUGCGCCAGAAAGUCUGGCUUACAACAAAUUCUCCAUUAAGUCUGACGUCUGGGCCUUUGGUGUCCUGCUAUGGGAAAUUGCAACAUACGGCAUGUCCCCUUACCCUGGAAUUGACCUGUCUCAGGUGUACGAGCUGUUGGAGAAAGACUACCGCAUGGAGCGGCCUGAAGGUUGCCCUGAGAAAGUCUAUGAGCUCAUGAGAGCAUGCUGGCAGUGGAGCCCUUCUGAUAGGCCCUCGUUUGCUGAAAUCCACCAAGCAUUUGAAACGAUGUUUCAAGAAUCCAGCAUAUCCGACGAGGUGGAGAAAGAGUUGGGGAAAAAAGGCAUGAGAAGUGUAGUGAGUAACUUCCUGCAGGCUCCAGAACUACCGACCAAAACGAGAUCAUCCAGGAGAGCUGCUGAAAGCAAAGAUGCCAGUGAGAACACGGAGAUGGCGCAUCCUAAAGGACAAGGGGAAUGUGACCCUCUGGAGCAUGAACCUGCUGUUUCUCCCUUGCUCCCGCGGAAGGAAAGAGUUGCCCUGGAGAGCAGUUUAAAUGAAGAUGAGCGGUUGCUUCCAAAAGACAAAAAGACCAACCUCUUCAGUGCCCUUAUCAAGAAGAAGAAGAAGACUGCCCCUGCCCCUCCGAAACGCAGCAGCUCCUUCCGGGAGAUGGACGGCCACCCGGACCGCAAGGGUGGGGGGGAGGAUGAAAGCAGGGACGCCAGCAAUGGGGCUUUCAUCAUGCCCCCUGCAGAUGCCAUGGAUGCCUCAAAGUGCCAGGGUCCGAGCAAUGGGGCUGGAGUCACUAACGGAGCCGUCACUGGGAACUCGGGCUUUUUAUCCCCUCACCUGUGGAAAAAAACCAGCGCCAUGACUAGCAGCCGGCCGACAACUGGCGAAGAAGAGUGUAGUUCUAAUGCCAGCAAGCGCUUCCUGAGGUCCUGCUCAGCAUCGUGCGUACCCCAUGGAGCCAAGGACACGGAGUGGAAAUCCGUGACGCUGCCCAGGGAUUUACAGUCCACAGUGAGGCAAUUUGAUUCCUCCACCUUCGGCGGGCACAAGAGCGAAAAGCCAGCCCUGCCUCGGAAGCGGGCGAAUGAGAACAAGACGGAUCUUGCCGUCAGGGGGACGGUGACGCCCCCUCCCCGGCUGCUGAAGAAAAAUGAAGAGACGACUGACGAUGUGUUCAAAGACACAGAGUCCAGCCCUGGCUCCAGCCCACCCUCUCUGACACCAAAACUUGUACGCAGGCAACCUAUAAUCGCUUCUUCCUCCAGCCUGUCCCACAAGGAUGAUGGCAUCAAAUCCAGUGCCUUAGGUACCACUGGGAUGGCAGACCAAGGUCCUACCGUCAAACCCAACUCUGCUGGGGUUGUGGUUGCCAGCAAGGCUUCCACGGAGGAGCCAAGGAUGAGGAGGCUCAAGCAGACUUCCGAGUCAUCAGGAAAGGACAAGGUGAAGUUAUCAAAGCUUAAACCGGCUCCUCCGCCUCCGCUCUCCUCAGCUUCCAUUGGGAAGCCUGGAAAAUCAUCCCACGGCCCCAGCCAGGAAGCAGCAGAUACAGGGUCUGGUACUAAAUCUAAACAGUUGACUCAGGUUGCAGACAGUAUAAGCAGUGAUGUCGCCAAGCCAAACCAGUUAGGGGAGGGUGUAAAAAAGCCUGGGCUCCCCUCUGUACCAAAGCCACAGUCCUCCACAAAGCUGCUGCUGACCACAGCGGCCCCAGCCCCCUCGUCCCCAUCUGCUCCAAGCGGAGACCAGCCAUCGUCAACAGCCUUCAUCCCUCUCAUAUCCACCAGAGUCUCCUUGCGCAAAACCCGCCAGCCUCCAGAGAGGAUAGCCAGCGGCACCAUCACCAAGGGAGUGGUAUUGGAAAGCACUGAGGCCCUGCGCAUUGCCAUUAACAAAAACUCCGAACAAAUGGCGAGCCACAGCGCCGUCUUGGAGGCCGGCAAAAACCUCUACACGUUCUGCGUGAGCUAUGUGGACUCCAUCCAGCAGAUGAGGAACAAAUUUGCCUUCCGCGAGGCCAUCAACAAGCUGGAGAAUAACCUUCGGGAGCUCCAGAUCUGUCCGGCCACCGCUAGCAGCGGCCCUGCAGCCACGCAGGACUUUAGCAAACUUCUCAGCUCGGUGAAAGAAAUCAGCGAUAUUGUUCAGAGGUAGCAGAAGCCAGGUAACACCUUUUUUUUUAUUUUUUUAUAACAGGCCAAAGCCAACUGCAGAGAGAACUACAGCAUACGCGCAAUGGUAGACUGACAAAGAACCCAGGGGCCUUCAUUAUAGGGAUGUGCAAAAGGCACAGACUGGGGAACAGCCCUACUGCCUAAAGUAGGGUGUUCAUCAAGAUGCACUUUUCUCCCUUUCACCGAGGUGCCCCGUAUCUCUCGUACUCAAAAUCCUCUGGUCUGUGGAGUUCUUGCCUUGUGGACUACAGGUCUAAAUGCUGAGGUCACACCAGGCCUUUUUAUAAUAUUUUAUUGUUUUGGACGGAGCUUUAAGAUGGAACCCGAACUGAUGGACACUGAUACUCUGCCCUCCUCCUGGAGGAUUUCCUACUGCAAUUUGAUUCCCUCCCCCUGCCUCUGUUGUACAUGAGGAUGAGUGUUUGAAUAGCAAUAUACACCCUGCUUUCCUGGGGUCACAGUGUCCCCUCCCCCGCAGACACAUACAAUGCACAUUUGAAGGUGGCGGGGGAGUUAUUAAUGAAACUUAGUCAUGAAACAGAACACUACGAAAUACGUUUACGAAACUCCUCCCUGUGGUUCUGUCGGUGACCCUUAGCUGCUGGUCAAGGAAUCCGUCUUUCCUCGUGUCCAGGAGCCCCUGACGAUUGAGUUCGGAAUGGCGCGGAUGGACGCUGUGAAUGCAGCGGUACAGGAGUCCAUUUGUGGGUCCCUUUUGGUAACGAUAAAGGAGUGAAGUUAUAGAGGAAGAGCACAGCCGUGCUUUGUAGAUGCACAACUCUAGCCAGGCUCAGGCUUGGGGGAAUGGCAGAUCCUUUGUGAGAGCAGUGAGCUGACUGCAUCACUGAAUGAGGAAGAGAAGGAUGGCAACAGGGGGAGGUGAAUUAGGAUGAGUUUAAAGAUACCACUGUGCCUCCAGUAGUGGUUCUGGUUGAGUCUGUGCAUCCCCAAUGUGCCUCAGCAGAGCUGUUUGUCUAGUUAAAUUUCCAGCCACGCAAUUACGUGGGAGUAAUGAGCUCAGAUAAGGGCUACAUCAGACCUGGACGGGGCCCGCUCCUACAGUCCCUGUUGGAAGAGGAAAGCAGCUUGUGGCGAGCCCUUCCUUUCAGUGUCUGUACAAAAUACCACUGAACAGUUUAAAAUCUAUACAUAGGGGUUUGGAGUAGUUUAUUUAAUUCCAGUGGAAACACUGAUCACCCUAAUGAUUGGGUGGUUCUGUCCAGGAUUAAGCAGGGAUCGGAGAAGCCUGCGGACACCUUUUGCCCUGGGUGCACCUCUCAAGGGAGCAGUCUAAGGAUGCCACAAACUUCUGAAACCAUGACUCCUGGGCAGCUUUUCCCAGUUCACUUUGACCUUCCCAAUUAAUCCAGUGGAUUUGGGGACUAACUGUGACUCUUUGUGUUAUUGAAAGGACAAGACUUUAAGACAAUUAACAGUGCAAUUUAACUCCUUUCAACUCUGGCCAAGAGAAGAAAGCAAUCUCCCCACCCCAUUCCCUCAGUAUCUCCUGUGAAACCCCACCAUGUGUAUCUUAAACACUAAUUGCUUUCCAUGAGAUUUUAUUUUUCCUCUUUACAAACUGCUUGUUUUGUAGAUUUCUGAUUGUUCUUCUCUAUGCUCACACCAUUCUCACCCCCGCAGAUCACCUUGGCUUAACUCAUGACAGUAAAAUAAAACAAAACAAAACACCAUAGGCUGCCUUUACAAAAUACAAACAUACAUGCAACAAAAAACCCACAAGCAAAAAAAUAAAAACAACCCACCCCACCAAAAAAACACCCCUUGGACUAUCUCUUUUCUGAGGUACUGUUUUAACGUUGUUGAUAACAUAUUGUGCCACUAUAUUAUACAUUUGUAUCUCAGUAUUACACACUUUUGUAGACUUGUCUUUUUUACAAUGUGUAAAUAGCUCUGUCCUUCGUUUCUGUAAUACCAAAGGGGCUGUUUCCCCUUUAUUUUGGUCCAAUACAGAUUGUUUCUGUACGUGGCUCUCGCUCUGAUUUUUAUUUUUUGGGGGGGUUAUUUUUUAUUCUGCGCUCUCUUGCAUAGUAUAUUUAAAAAUA